AUGUUGGCUGGAUCCAUCCUUUAUUCCUUACUAGCAGUCUCUGCUGUGGCUUCCCCUAUCCACCAGCACCAUCAACACGCUAAGAGAGACGCGGCCGUCACUGUGGUGGUCACCGAGUUCCUCGACCAGAACGGAAACCUCAUUUCCUCUACCCAGACUGCUUCUGCUUCGUCUGCCUCGGACUCUGGCUCUGUUUCGUUCAGUGCUACCACUUUGAGCACUUCCACCACUGGCUCCGGCUUUUCUAACAGCUAUUCUGCCAGCUCGGCAAGCUCCAGCUCCCCAGCCUACUCUUCCUCCGGCUCCUCCUCUGCCUCCGCUCCAAGCUCCUCUGCCUCGUCUGGAUCUGUCGAGUACUACGCAGAGCAAGGAAAAGGUAUCACCUACUCUCCUUACACCGACUCCGGCUCGUGCAAGUCCGCCGACGAGGUCUCCAGCGACAUUGCCAAGCUCACGUCCUACGACAUCAUCAGAGUCUACGCUCCUGACUGCUCCUGUGUCACCAACAUCCUCAACAGCAAGGGUUCUGGCCAAAAGAUUUUUGCUGGUAUCUACAACUAUGACAGUCUUUCCGACGAUAUCGACACUCUUGCAGAGCAAGUGACCGGCAGCAGUGAAGGCUGGGACGCCAUCUAUGCCGUGUCGAUCGGAAACGAAUGGGUCCAAUCCGGAGAACACUCUGCCUCGGACGUUGCUAGUGCUGUUUCCACCGGUAGAAAACUGCUUUCUUCUAAAGGCUGGUCCGGAAAAGUGGUUACUGUUGAUACCGUGGGAGCAUACCAGGGCAGCAGCGACCUUUGUGACGCUUCUGACUUCAUUGCUGCCAACGCUCACCCAUACUGGGCCGGAUCCGUUAAGCCAGAAGACUCUGGAACCUGGUUAGAAAACCAGAUCUCUAUUCUUAAAGACGCCUGUGGAAGCGACAAGUCUGUUUUGAUUACCGAAACCGGCUGGCCUACUAAAGGUGACACCUACGGACAGUACGCUGUUCCAUCCACCGAGAACCAGCUGACUGCUGUCAAGGCUAUUGUCGAAAGCGUGGCCGACCAGGUGAUCAUGUUCACCACCUAUGACGACUACUGGAAAGACGCUGGAUCUUACGGCGUUGAACAGUACUGGGGAAUCUAUGCCAACUAG